GGCGCGCAGGUUGCCCCGCGGGCACCGCCUUCCCUCCUGCACCCGGGACACCGGACCCAGGACGACGGCAGGCAGGACUCGCCAUGGCCCUGCUCCCGGGGCCCCUGCUGUGCGGGGCGCUGCUGGGCUGGGUCUGCCUGGCGGCCCCAGGGCGCGCGGUGGAGGUGCAGGUGCCCGCGGAGCCCCUGAGCGCCCCGAAGGGCAGGACGGCCGAGUUGACCUGCACCUACAGCACCUCCGUGACCGACAGCUUCGCCCUGGAGUGGAGCUUCGUGCAGCCCGGGAAGCCCCUCUCUGCGUCCAUGCCUAUCCUGUACUUCACCGGCGGGCAGCUGUACCCCACCGGGUCUAAGGCGAAGCGGGCCAGCCUGCUUCAGAACCCCCCCACGAGGGGCGUGGCCACCCUGAAACUGGCCGACGUCCACCCCUCAGACACCGGGACCUACCUCUGCCAAGUCAACAACCCACCCGAUUUCCACACCAACGGCCUGGGGCUGGUCAACCUCACGGUGCUGGCGGCCCCCAGCGACCCCCGGUGCAGCCAGACUGGUGACAUGUCUGUGGGGGGCUCUGCUGCCCUGAGCUGCAGUUCCUCCGAAGGAUUGCCCAGGCCCGUGUACAACUGGGCCCGCCUUGGAUCUCUCCCGACGCCUCCUCCUGGCAGCAUGGUGCAAGAUGAGGUGUCCGGCCAGCUCGUGCUCACCAACCUCUCCCGGGCCUCCUCGGGCACCUACCGCUGUGUGGCCUCCAACCAGAUGGGCAGUGCCUCCUGCGAACUGACCUUGUCUGUGACCGAGAGGACGCCACUGCUCCUGGGAUUUCUGAGCAAACCUCUGGGAUGGCUGACCCUAGCAGCGGGCUCCUGGAGAAGGCCUCCUCCUCCAUCUCUGCGAAGACCAACAAGUCCAAGCUCCCUGUGGUUGUCUGAGGUCCCUACCCAUCCAUGGGGGGAACUGAUGGGGGAAAUACCGACAAUUAAAGCCUCUGGCUACCAUCUUGUCUCCCUCUUCCUUCCUCGGUGUAGCAAGUCCCCUAGGCAGCCCCGGAGUGUUACCAGUCAGCGAAGGAGUGGGCUCCCAGUCCCGGAUGUGAGGCUGUCCGAGGGAGGGGGAGGCUUUCCCCCAGGCUCCUCACCCUUUCCCACCCCCCUCCCACCUCCACUUUUUGGUUGGGCCAAAGGAGACUCAAGUUCAAGUUGUGAGCAGCGGCUGUGUAUGCACCCAGACACCUCCCCUCUGACACCCUUGGACAUUCCUGUUUAUUGUUCACAUAUUCACAUUCCAACCCAGCACAGUCACAUGCAUACUCGUAGAUUCAAAACAAAACAAAACACAAAACACACAAAAACCUUCCGGCCACAGCCCCAGGAGCCCGUCAGGGGCGGAGCCAGCAGGGCAGGGGCCGGGCCACCGCAGGCUCCUCCCACUGAGCCACCCCGCGCUCAGCGUCGCCGGCAAAACACCUAG